CCCGCUAGGGACCGCUUCUGUACCAUGUUCAGCUGUACCGAUGUAGCGGUGUCUACACUGCGGCGUAGUGAUGAAGCUCCUGACAAAUUAUGUUGUAUGCAUGGCGCACACGCUUCGAUCAGAGCCAAUAUCAUUAAACCUCAAGAUCAAGUUCAACUCUGACUUCAUGCUGUCCUGAUGCUCAGUGAAGAUUAUAAGUAAAUAUAACAUUAACGUUAACGUUAAUCAUAUAAUGUUAGAAAAGUGAAAGGCCUCAGAGCUGAUCAUGAAUUUAUAUACGCGGUCAAUAAACUUAAGAUUGAAAUAUGAGUGACGAAAGACACCACAAACAUAGACGGGAAGAAAAGCAACAUGGAAAGAAAAAAAGCAGCAAGGAUACUUCAAGAGAUGACGACCAUAGGAGGAGAAAACAUCAUCACAGAGGUGAAGAUAGACAGUCUGAUCGGGACCAGUCUGGAGGGUAUGGGGAAACAAUAAGACAUCAGGGUGCCUCAUGUUCUCAUGAGGUUCAUCAUAGAGACAGAGAGAAGGAAGGUUCUAGUGAAGGAUACAGAAAGAAGCAUGGUAGAAGUGACAGAAGGAGGGAAGAAGAUGAGGAGAAACAUAGGGACAGGCACAGAAAAACUGAGGUGUUGGGAGAUAAAGACAAGGAAAAGUACAGAGGCAAACAUAUGCAUGAUAGACUGAGAGAGGAUGCAAAAGCCAGGGACAAGCAUGGUAGAAUGGAGGGAAGGAGAGAUGAGGAGGAGGAGGAAGAAGAAGAGGAGUGGGGCCGUCAGGAGAUGUGGGAGUUUAAUUGGGAGGAGUACAGGUCAACUCUCAACAAGAUCUUCUUUCGUGACGAGGAUUUUAUUGAGAGGGGAACUCCAGAGUAUGCUGACUUCUGGGCAUUCUUCCACCGAUACUGUAAGUUCCAGAGGAAGAAGUCAGCUGAACAGAAACCACACAAAUCACACCCCAACCCACCGCAGGAACAGCAGAAAACACUGGGACUACCAGAGAAAUACGACAAGAGAUACAGAAUCAACUUCUCCAUCAAGACUAAAGAUGUGGAGGAAAAACUCAAGUACUUAAGGACAGGCUCAAGGACCAAUGAUGACGAGGAUCUGACCCCCAGCCGAGUGGCCGAGUUCCGUCUGGCUCUACUCCACUACAUCGACUUCUGUCAGAAACAGAAGCUGCAGAAGCUUGCUAAGCUGCGGCAGGACCAGGCCAGCCUGCCAAUUCACCAGUACAGGGACCAGAUCGUGGAGGCAGUCAGGCAGCACCGCGUGGUGGUGGUGGCAGGGGAUACCGGCUGUGGGAAAUCUACUCAGGUGCCCCAGUAUCUCAUGUCAGCUGGCUUUACCCGCAUCGCGUGCACCCAGCCCCGCCGUAUCGCUUGUAUCUCCCUCGCCAAACGUGUCGGGUACGAGACUCUGAACGAGUACGGGUCAGAGGUCGCCUACCAGGUCAGGUUUGAGGGGAGUAAGACAGCUUCAACUAGGAUUCUGUUCCUCACUGAAGGCCUGCUGCUUAGACAGGUGACAACUGACCCCACCCUGUCCCAGUACAGCAUCAUUGUCCUGGAUGAAGUCCAUGAGCGGCACCUGAAUGGUGACUUCCUGCUGGGCGUGCUGCGAGCGCUGCUGCGGGCGCGGGAGGACCUGAAGAUGGUCCUCAUGUCAGCCACCAUCAACAUCAAACUGUUCGCUGGGUACUUCAACGGGGCACCGGUCAUACAGGUCCCUGGCAGACUGUACCCUAUUCAGCUGGAGUAUCUCCCUAUCAAACAGGAGGAGCAGACCAGUAAGUCAGAGAGACUUGACCCCCGACCUUACCUGAGGGUCAUGCAGAGGAUUGACCACAAGUAUCCCGGUACAGAGCGCGGAGACCUGCUGAUAUUCCUGAGCGGGAUGUCGGAGAUCACAGCCGUGGUGGAGGCUGCCCGGCUGUACGCACAGCAGACCAAGCGCUGGAUCGUCCUGCCCCUGCACAGCACGCUGUCCAUAGAGGAACAGGACAAGGUGUUUGACAUUGCCCCUGAGGGUGUGCGGAAGUGCAUCGUGUCCACCAACAUCGCUGAAACCUCCAUCACAAUCGACGGUGUCAGGUUUAUAUGUGACUCAGGGAAGGUGAAGGAGAUGAGUUAUGACCCGGGUGCUAAGAUGCAGCGUCUUCAGGAGUUUUGGAUUAGCCGAGCGAGUGCUGAGCAGAGAAAGGGCAGGGCAGGACGUACCGGCCCGGGAGUGUGUUUCCGUAUGUACGAUGAGUCAGACUACGAUAACUUCCAGGAGUACGCCACCCCUGAGAUCCAGCGUGUGCCCCUGGACUCCACACUCCUGCAGAUGAUCUCUAUGGGCCUCAAAAACACCAGGAAGUUUCCCUUCAUUGAGCCCCCGGCCAUGUCCAGUAUUGAAAACUCUGUGGCUUUCCUUAAGGAGCAGGGAGCAUUGACAGAGGAAGAGACACUGACUCCCAUUGGACGGAUGUUGGCUCGGCUACCGGUAGAUGUGGUGAUUGGCAAAAUGCUUAUCAUGGGAACUGUGUUCCAUGUCAUUGACCCCGUGUUGUCCAUAGCAGCAGCCUUAAGUGUGCAGUCUCCCUUCCACCAAUCAGCACGCACCAAUCCUGAUGCCAUGCAUGCACGAAGACCUCUAGAGUCGGACCAUGGAGACCCCUUUACUCUGCUGAAUGCCUUUGAUGAGUGGAUUCAGGUGAAGGCGGGAGGGCGGAACUCGUCCAGGAAAUGGUGCCGGAGGAGGGGACUGGAGGAGCAGAGGUUCUACGAGAUGGUCAAACUCAAGGAACAGUUUAAGGACCUGCUCAAGGACCAUGGACUGCUGGAGGGUGAGGAGGAUCAUUACUACCGUGAGGAGGAGAGGAGGAAGAGACACGGGGAGAGGAGAAGACUACAGGAGCUGAAGAGACAACACGACAAGGGACCCAGGAAGAGGAAAAUCCUCAAGCUAGAGCACGAGGAUAUAGAACUGAGUGGUGGAGAUGACGAUGAUGAUGAGGUUGACAUUAAAGACAUCGAAUUCAAGUUGAAACAUGACCUGAACCAGCUUCAGGAAACAUCCAAUCAGACGCGCAGUUUCACCCUCCGCGACAUCCUUCUCCUCAAGGUCGUGCUCUGCAGUGGCCUGUACCCCUUGGUUGCCAUAGCAGAUGACUGCAACACUUACAGAAGAGACUCGGAGCAAGUCUUCCACACUAAAUCCAAACAGUUUGUAGUGCUGCACCCCACGGGUGUGUUCUCUACCAACCCUGAACCCCUCCAACUGCCCCAUACUGAGGGGAAGCAGGGUGUGGCCCAGCCCAAGGGACAAGUCAGCAGUAAACACCAGCUGCUGGCUUACACAUCCCUACUGGAGACCAACAAGCCUUACCUUGUGAACACCAUGCGGGUCCCUGCCCUACAGACCCUGAUGCUGUACGCACACUGUCUGGACACCAACCAGGACUGCACAAGGAUAGUGUCUGACCACUGGCUGGAGCUGACCUUCCCUGAGUCGGAGGCGGCCCAACUCCUGCUGUCCUCAGUCAUCCAGCUGAGGGCCACCUGGGCCAAACUACUGGGGCUCAGGCUGCAGGAGUCGACUAAGAGAAACAAGGACGAUGGUGAUGAAGAUGACACCAGCAGGAAAGCGAGGAAGCUGGAGAAGGUGUUGGCCCACAAGCUGACAGAGUUCCUGAGCAGUGAUGUGGAGUACUCCAUCAGGAGACUCGGCAACUCUGAGAUCAAGAACCUGUUUGUGGGCCUGCUGGAAGUAGGUUCCACAGCAACUGAGCCUGUGCCAUCCCUGUUCUCUGGUGAGUGCCGACCCCACCCGACCAAAGGUGGUGUACAGAUCAACGACUACCUAACCUACAACUGCCUGCAGGAUGAUGGCAUGUCUGUGCACAGCUUCAUGGCGCACCUGCGGAACAGCUGGACCUGUCCCACCUGUCAGGUGGACAUGGCCGUCACCGUGCUGGAGAGGCUUCAGCACGAGGACCAGUGUCAGAACAAACAAGAUGUGUCUGUUGAUGAGUCCAGGCAGCAGGGUGGUCCGUCCAGCCUGGAGAGACUGAGGAAACCUUACUUCUGCACCACCUGUCAACAGGAGUUCUCCUUCACAAACACUGAGAUCCUGAAACACAGGAAAACUCACUCUCAACCUGCUGCCACAGGGGAAGGAUCUACAACAUGAUCUGACUUUUCAUGUUGAUAUGAUUUCUUUGCUUUAGUUCAGCAGUGGUGCAGUUAACACAAACGGACACAAACGGACAGUACUACAGUAAUUAUUGU